AUGGACGCUGUUACGUGGCGUUUUUUCGUAGAAAAUUUGUUAAAAUAUGAAGUUGAUGGACCCGCUGUCCUCCUUCUUGACAACUUUGAGUGUCAUGUGUCGGAAGAGGGGCAGCGGGUCGUUGCCGAAGUUGCUAAUGCUACUGUGGUCCCUCUACCCGCAAACAGCACGGCUGCUUGCCAGCCGCUGGAUGUCGGUGUAAUGGGGCCACUAAAGGCAAAGUUGCGCUCGAACUGGUCUGGCAUCACGGGUGGCAGUGCUAAGGAAAAGCGGCUCCGUGCCGUUCGCGCUACGAUUGCUGCUUGGGAUGCCAUCCCCGAAAGCACUGUAAUUAGGAGCUUUAAGACAGCUAUUCCUCAUUAUCCUGAGAUUAGCAUUUGA